AUGGCCUUUCUAAAAGUCCUUAUUUGCGGCAGCGGAUGUGCUGGACCGGCCUUAGCCUUCUGGCUAGCUCGCGCCGGUCACCGAGUCGUUAUCAUCGAACGAUUCCCGGCUCUCAGGGCCUCAGGUGCGCAAAUUGACCUUCGCGCUCAAGGUAUUGAGGUCGUCAAGCGUAUGGGGCUCCUCGACACCAUCCGCGGCAAGCUUGUCGAUGAAGAAGGCGUGUCCUUUGUGGAUACUCGAGGCAAUGUGCUAGGGACUGUUAUGGCUAACAAGUCUGGCAAGGGGGGGCAAUCUCUCACGUCCGAAUACGAAAUUAUGCGCGGAGAUCUUGUGCGUAUACUCUACGAAGCAACAAUGAACAAUGUGAAGUAUAUCUUUGACAAAACUGUCGAGCGCUUCGAGCAAGAUGAAAACCAGGUAGUUGCUUACUUCUCUGACGACUCAUCUGACACAUUUGACCUCCUGGUUGGAGCGGACGGCCAGGGGUCGCACGAUUCCAGAGACUUGUCGAGCAUCCCCAGAGCCCCGGUUGAGCAGCAAAAGGAGUUUUGGGCCCAAAGAUUCCUUGGCGCAGGAUGGGAGACAGACCGGUUCCUCGAAGGCCUAAAGACAACGGGAAACUUUUAUUGCCAGGAGAUCGUUCAGGUUCUCAUAGACAAAUGGUAUAAGGGCCGCGUGGUUCUCUUGGGCGAUGCCGCAUACUGCCCAUCUCCAUUCAGCGGUAUGGGGACAACCGGCAGUUUUGUCGGUGCCUAUGUUUUAGCCGCCGAGAUCAACCGAAAUCCUGAAAAUCUAGCUCAGGCAUUCGCAAACUAUGAGAAGACACUACGGCCGUUCGUCAACGAGAUUCAAAAGGUGAACACGUCCUUUUUACGGUUUACCAUGCCCGACACCAAGUGGGGAAUUGCUAUUCUCCAUUUCAUUACGCGGUUGGUCUGCUUCCUUCGUAUUCCCGAGAUCAUCGCAAAGCUUUCAAAAGAGGAAAAGGGUGGCUGGAAAUUACCAGAUUAUCCAGAGCUCAAGCUAGGAUCCUGA